AUGAAACGGACAGAACGCACGAUUAAGCCACUCGCGGGCCCUAAUCAGGCCCCAAAAAACAUCGAUGGAAUUCGUAUUUCCUUGUCCUUAUAUAGAAUCUGGAGCAAGCUAGCGCUUCGGCAAUACCUGGUGGGCCGGAAAGCCUCGUUGGAUGUCCGGACUUUGCUCCUUUUUGGCUCGCAGGUAGCCUCUGCCCUGGAAUACCUCCACGGUCAACAAUUCGUCCAUCGUGACGUAGCGGCGCGGAAUGUGCUCGUAUUUGGGCCCCAGCUGGUGAAACUUUCUGAUUUUGGUCUUUCUCGAGCAUUGGAUUACGAUGCCGUUUAUACAGCCUCUCGCAGCAAAUUACCAAUCAGGUGGAUGGCCCCGGAAUCGAUCAAUUUCCGUGAAUUCUCGAUGGCGAGUGAUGUAUGGAUGUUUGGUGUAUGCUGUUGGGAAAUUAUGUCAUGGGGACAGAAACCAUGGACUACCGUAUCUAAUGCUGAUGUUAUUGGCGAGAUUGAGGCCGGAAAACGACCGCCGUGUCCGGAAGCCUGCCCACCAGCGCUUUAUGGGUAUCUGGAAAAGCAUAUCUGGGCUCAACAACCCCCGAAAAGACCGUUGAUGAAUGAGGUCAGCCAAAUUCUGCGCGACGUCCUGGAGCAGUUGAAACGGCGCGUCCAUCCUGAACAGAUUCGCGUCGUUCGCCCGAUUCAGAAUAUCCCAGUGAUCCGAACGAACAUCGAGUGCUUGCCGAACUUGACGUUGUGGCGAACGUUGGAGGAGCAGAGGAGGCAGAUGGAGGAGGAUGAGAAAUGGUUGCAACAACUUGAGACUCAAGAUGGAGAAGGAGAUGGGGCUCAGACUACCCCUCUUGGUGACGAUGAUGAAAAUCUAAACCGUGUCCUGCGCUCCCUUGCCCUCGAUGAAGAAACCCCAAAUGGAAAUAUACCACCUAUUCAUAAUGUGAGCGCCAGCCAACUGAAUUGUGUCCGAAGGGCCGCGGAGUCGAUUGCAGAGAAUGUUGGAAAACUAGAGAAUACGUACAGCCAGCAAAUGAAACAUGAGGAUUUUGUGCAUGGCAUAAAGGAGAUCACCACCAGGCUGCGGGAGAUGUUCAGCGAGGCCGCGCCGUUGGUGGUUGAUUGUGCGGUUGAGAGGCAACAUGAGAUGGAAAAAUGCGAAGCUUUAAUCGGCAACGACAUGCGGCAGAUGAGCAAGGCUAUGCAGGCCCUGGCUGAGAAUUUACCCUCCGUGGCGUACAACGCACACCGCCGCGACGUCGUCCGCAUCGCGCGGGAUUUGUCGUCGAAUUGUCGGGAUUUUGUCGACCUGCUGACCCGACGCCACCAUACCGUACCCAGCCCGGCUGCCGCUCAAUUAACGGAUUGC